GAACUUGUCACGCAUAAAAAAAUGUGUGAGGCUGGAAAAUGCCAAAUACAAGUGGUGCCUCUUGCUUCGCUUAUGACUUCAAAUAUCGAACAGAAUUCCAUCACAGAACAGGAAUCGAGCAAUUCUACUAAAAUCCGUAACGUCACAAAACCCGACGAUCACUCACUUGACAAUCACAUAUUUUUCACUCCGACAUCAAGUAAAGUUCACUGUCUACAGAAAGAAGACAAUUCGAAAGAAAACUUGAACAAUCUCAAUCAAAUGUAUUACGCCGCAAAUGGCGAUAUGGUACCUUUGUUUCCUUCGAACACUCUCGUCUCUAACGAAGGUUCAGUAAAGAAAGAACAACUCACCCACGAUACCAAAUUAUAUCACACCAAUACGCCUCCGUACACGCCGGCAACUGUGCACUGUGAAAACUGUUUACUGAAAUUCGAGAAAGUGGUAGAACUCAUCGUACAUAGCAAGAUGUGUGAAAUGAGAAAUAAUGCGUGCGCGAUGAUACUGCCCAAAUGUAUCUCUUGUUUACAACAAUUCCCAUCGCUGGAAGCACUGAAUGUGCACGUUUCACAGUGUUCCAAAAGAGGCGACAUUUACGCGUGUCCGGACUGCGGAGAUCCGUUCUGGACCAAACACGAAUUUCAAGCUCAUUUUCGAUCUUAUUGUCGAAGAGAACGUCGAAAUAGAUGGGAAUAAAUUACAAUAGAUGGGAAUACAUCACUGUCAUAUACAAAACAAUAUUGUUUUUACAUCAUUUCUAAUCACAUUUAUAUG